CCACCACCUUCAUUCUUCAAUGGCAUUCCCGUAAUAAAUCGCCACAGACGGUGGCUUUUUCCUAUAUCCCAGUUAAUAUCACAAGUACGCCAAGCAAACACCGCAUCCUUGACUCUCUCUCUCUCUCUCUCUCUCUCCACAUCCCGACGCCUAAACCUACCUCACCUUCCACCGAACCCUAACCCUAAUCCGUCUCCUCCGAUUCAUUUCAGACCCCAGAUGGAGCGCCGGAAGUGAUCCCAUCUCCCUCCACCGGACGCCGGAACCUCCGGAAGUAGAGCGAUGUCGCUGGACGGCGCCGUCGAUCGGAGGGACGGUCCCCUGGCUGGAAAUGGGAGCGGUAAUGGACUGGCGAAGGGCAAGGCUGCGCCGGCCAAGCCGACGUACGCGGACCGGCGUUUGAGGCUGAACCCGAACACGGAGCACAAGCCGGAGCGGUACGACGACGUUCAGUCGGAUUUCGACCCGGCAAUUUUCAGCUCCCUGGAGCGGCACCUCCCGCCCAGUAUGCUCGAGGUGCCGCGGGAUGUCAAGGUGCAGUUCAUGAAGGAGAUCCUCUCCCGAUACUUGCCCGAGGGGGAGCGAAUCAGGGUCCAGAGACACAAAGAGUACAGAUAUAAAUUGAUGUCUGCUUAUCAGCCUUUGCAUAAAGAACUAUACAAUCUGCAUCCAUCAGCGUUUUUUAUGCCAUCAUUUGUUAAAGCAAUCAAUGAUAACACAGACGAGAGCUUCAGAAAUAUACUUUCUGAACCAUCACCUGGAAUAUAUACAUUUUCUAUGCUACAGCCAAGUUUCUGCGAGAUGUUAUUGGAUGAGGUGGACAAUUUUGAAAAAUGGGUUAACACAAUCAAGUUCAAAAUAAUGCGACCAAAUACAAUGAAUAAGUAUGGUGCUGUGCUUGACGACUUUGGCUUGGAAGCCAUGCUUAACAAGCUUAUGGAAGAAUACAUAUCUCCAAUGGCUAGAGUAUUUUUUCCGGAGAUUGGUGGAUCAACUCUAGAUUCACAUCAUGGCUUUGUUGUUGAGUAUGGAAAGGACAAGGAUGUUGAACUAGGUUUCCAUGUGGAUGACUCAGAAGUCACUCUAAAUGUGUGUUUGGGCAAAGAUUUCUCUGGUGGCCAAUUGUUUUUUCGAGGAGUUCGAUGUGACAAGCAUGUGAAUACUGAGACACAAACAGAGGAAAUCUUUGAUUAUUCUCAUGUCCCUGGUCAAGCUGUACUUCAUCUGGGGCGUCACCGACACGGAGCUCUUCCCACAACUUCUGGACAUCGAAUCAACAUGCUUUUGUGGUGUAGAAGUCUUCAGAGAGAUGAGGAAAUUCCAAAAGGAUUUCUCCAGCUGGUGUGGCGAGUGCCGGCGCGAGAAGAAAGAAAGGCAGCGUCUGUCGGUGGCCACCACCAAACUGACAUUUCUCAAGGGUUUCGGAGGAGCCAGCACGUAAAGAAAAGUAAGAACAAGAGAAGAGAAAGGAAAAUGCAGAGAUUUUGUUUUGUAAUUAAUCCCUCCACAGAUCGAUUUUGGAGCUCAUUAAAUGUGAAGGGUUUUUCAUUUUAUUCUACCGUGCAACUUCUGCACCCUCAGAAUAGAUAGCACGUGCCGUUGGCGUGAUGUGACAUGAUCUGAUGCAUGUGCGGCACGUAAUCCAGCGCGCCGCCCCAUGCAACCUCAGCCCGAUUUUCCGGUACAAAGUCGUCGUCCUGGAGGCAUAUUCUUUAUGCAGCUGCAGAAAUUUGGAAGCCAGCAAAAAAAAAAUUGAUCGGUUCAGUUUGUUUUAAAAAAUUCAGUUUAAUUGAUUUUAUUUUUUUAUUUGAUUAGUUUGAUUUUGAAUAGAAA